AUGGCAAGCUUGUUACGAUGCCUCGUACGUCGGCUGACCAACGUGGAUCUACAAAUCAAGACUCAGAAAACCGAAUGUCGGACAGACUUCGACCAAACAGAAGUAAGUCGCGCCCUGGGAAAUAGCACAAUGGCCAUGGCCCGGAUCAUCUCCCACAAGGAACCUCCGAUGUGCACACCGGUGAUACUCGCGCUCACAGUGUUACUGAUGUCAACAGAGACGCGUUCUCCUUUAUGGAACUCGAGAGCCAGCUGUUAUGACUGUUUCGUCUUGUGGUCGUUUAGAGCGACUGUGGCCAAUGCGACAUCGUCGCAGAACAACAUCGUCAUGUCUGGACUGGCACCCCAAAGACUGAGAGACUUAAACUGUCCUCUUGACCAAAGUCCACAAAUGAAAGAAGAGCUGGAGUGCCGAUUCGCCCAAAGAAAAGACAUCUUAAAACGAGCUUGUGAUCGUGUUGGGAGCACUGUUUCGUCACGAAAAAUGUUAUUGACGCAUCCAAAUAACCAUAAAACCUCUGCAAUGUGUGUCAUACAAAAAGCUGGAAGUACUUACUGGAAGCAUGUUGAGGCUGCUUAUCAGAGUCAUACUCAGUCAAUUAUAGGAGAGGACUCCCAUAGCAAAAUAGUUAUUGGAAUAACAGAACCAAAGCUAAAUACACCACACACCCUAUUCACGUUCGUAAGAAACCCAUACACAAGAUUACUGUCGGGAUAUGUAGAUAAGAUUUUCUCAAUUAACCCUAUGUAUUGGAAAAAGGUGGGAUCUAAAGCCGCCGAGACUGUUCGCGGUAAGGAGAAUUCCAGUACAGGAAACGCAACGUGUGGCUCCGACGUUACUUUUGCGGAGUUUGUGGACUUCAUCCUUUACAGCAACGACAACAAAAUGGUUAUUGAUAGACAUUUUAAUCCUAUUUACAGACACUGCGGGUUUUGUAAUGUUGACUAUGACUAUAUAGGAAAGAUGGAGACGUUUGUGGAUGACAUGGUGUUUGUGAGUGACGCGAUGGGACUUCUGAAAUAUGACAAAUCAAGGGAGGCUAUUUUACAUUGGGGUCUAGAAGGGGUGCCAAGUAUGAUGUACACAAAUGCGUUCAAUGUGUUUACACACAGGCGGAUGCAAAUGGAAAGAUGUGGAGUGACACUUAUUGAAGGACUUCGUGUAACCUGGAAAAGAUGGCAGAUUCGAGGAAUGAUAUCUAUGGAUCUCCCAUUUCCACUGAAAGCAGAAGAUAAUCAUGUGACAUUUGAAAGAUUCAAUGAGUUAGCACAGAAGGCGCACAAUGAGUCUGAUCCUAAAGUCUUAUCGGAGGGGAAAAAGAGAGCACUCAGAGAAGCAUAUGGGUCACUGACCUAUGAGGCCAAGGUCAGACUGAGGAAGCUUUUUGAACCCGAGUUUCAGAUGUUUGAAUAUGACCCUAUGCCAGACUACGUUUAUGGAAAAUAUCGAAAUGGGGACAAAUUUAGCUUUUUUGAUAAUAAAUUCCUACGGGAUUGA